GAGAAGCUGGAGUGAGAGAUGAACUCCGAGCAGGAACGGCCGUACGUUUGCAGUGCGGGCUGCUCUCAGCGUUUCCCCACAGAAGACCAUCUAAUGAUUCACCGCCACAAGCAUGAGAUGACCCUCAAAUUUCCACCCAUCAAAAGUGAUAACAUGCUAUCAGACCAGACGCCAACCCCAACACGCUUCCUGAAGAACUGUGAGGAGGUUGGACUGUUCAGUGAUCUGGACUGCUCCAUGGAGCAGGACUUCCAAGCCCAAGAGGAGGAGGACAAUAAACAGAAUAUCGCUCUUCAUGCACAACCAGGCCUGACCCAGCACCAGCAACCUCACAGCCGAAUGACCAACCAUGAAAACAGCAUAGUGAUACAACAAGCGUUACCAUCACCACAGUCCAGCUCAGUCAUCACACAGGCUCCUUCAACCAACAGACAGAUCGGCCCAGUUCCUGGCUCUCUCUCAUCACUGCUGCACUUAAGGAACAGACAGCGACAGCCUCUGCCAGCCUCCAUGCCUGGCACUCUGCCCGACCCCACUAUGCAGGGAUCCUCUGCCGUGCUCAUGCCUAUGGAGAGACAAAUGUCCAUGGGCUCCAACAUAAUGGGCAUGCAAGGCCCCACCCACAGCAGCUCCUGUUCCUCUCCUCAUGUACCGUCCAUGCAUUCGGAAGCAAAACUGAGACUGAAAGCUGCUUUGGCUCACCAUCCUGGGCCUAUCUCCAAUGGCAACAUGAAUACUAUGGGUCACAUGAUGGACAUGAUGUCGUCACGGCAAGAGCAGAGCCAUCACCAUCUGCAUUCGCAUCCUCAUCAACACAUGCAGGCCCCGCCCCAUGGUUACCCACACCAUGCCCACCACCAUAGCCACACCCAAACAGGCCACCAUCACCCGCAGGGCCACGGGCACCAUAACUCUCACCCAGGCCACCUACACCCUGCGCACGGGCACCAGACGUCUCCUCACGCACAAAUGCACUCUGUUGCGCCCCAGUUAUCCCCGGCUGCUCAGCAAAUGCAGCCCACGCAGACACUGCAGUCUGGACCACCCAGUGGAGGUCGGCGCAGACGCGUGGUGGAUGAGGACCCUGACGAGCGCCGGCGCAAGUUUCUGGAGAGGAACCGGGCGGCUGCUACACGCUGCAGGCAAAAAAGGAAAGUGUGGGUGAUGUCUCUAGAGAAGAAAGCUGAAGAGCUCACCCAGACCAACAUGCAACUCCAGAAUGAAGUGAGCAUGCUGAAGAAUGAGGUGACUCAGCUCAAGCAGCUCCUACUGACACACAAAGACUGUCCCAUCACCGCCAUGCAGAAGGAGUCACAGGGCUACCUCAGUCCAGAAAGCAGUCCAGCAGGAAGUCCAACUCCUGUGACCCAGCAGCAGGUCAUCCAGCACAACACCAUCACCACGUCCAACACGGCCCCCAAUCACUGCACAGACAUCAACCCCAUCCACUAGAGACUAUCUACAUCUUAGACGCACGAACAUCUGCACCGUGAGGUCCGUGAACAAAAGGCACACCUCUGGGCCUUUGCGGCGAAUCUUUCUUCCAUAUGUAUUUGGUACAUGCAAAUCUCAUGGUUUCUUUAGUGGGACUUUUUUUUUUUUUUUUGCUUCGAGUUAAAAUAUUCAAAUUGUUUCAAAAGGAGGCCUGUAAAAAUUCAAAAAGUGCUGAACUUUUCAGCAUAACCGUUCACACAAAGUCAAGGUAAAAUGUUACCACGAUUUUACCUACCAAGAGAGAGUUGUGUUGUGUUUUCAUGUUUCACUAAUUCACUCCUUCAAAUACUACUGCCUUCCCACAUGUGCAACAGUCAAACUGUAGCCUUGAUGUGUCUUUUCUCAUUGCUCUGAACUAUAAUGCCAAAAAAGCUGUUUAUUUUGUAUCUGUUUGUUUUUACGAAUGAUUUAUGAUGAUUAAUUCAUUUAUUAAUAUGUCACACUUCCAGUCUCCUGCAAGGCGAUGAACUAAGAAAACCUAAUUGUUAAUCCAUUAUGUUCUUAUGACAAUAAUGAUGUUAAAUGGAAGCAAUAUACAUCAGUCUGACGAAUGCUCAACAACUUGGCUGUCAGUUUACUUGUCAAUUUACCAAACUUAAUUCCCAUCACGAUGUUGCAGUGCAGUAAAUGACCAUUGCUUGGUUGUUCUGCUUUCAGCAGUGGCCAGUAAUUAAAAAAGGCAAGUUACAUAAAGUAAUGUAUAAUUUGAGUUUGGGUGUUUGCCUUGUUGAAAAUUCGUCAGAAUUCUGGUGAGGCCCACAAUAUGUGUGUGUGUGUGUGUGUGUGUGUGUGUGUGUGUGUGUGUGUGUGUGUGCAAAUCUCAUUGGCUGCUCUAGCCAUAUGCUGAAUCUCAGCACAGUGACACCCUGGAGACAUCUCUGCUUACUCAAACCUCUAGGCCAAGUUACAAGGGCCUUCUGUAAAGUAAGAAAAUAAUGUAAUCAACGUUUGUUUAAACCUGCAUGGCCAUUGUUCUGUUGGACGAAUAUGAUGUUGAAGCCUGCCCUUUUACUUUGAGCAUGGCCAGAAGAGUCUGUCUCUUGGUUGCUCCUUGAGUCUAUGAUUAUGCAGUAUGUAAUAUGAUCAUACAGUCCAACGGACCCAACAGAUGUUGAUUAGAUCGUCUGGAUUGAGAAGUCAUGCAGAUUGGGUGCAUAAGAACGUUUUAGGAGCAGCUCAUGCUUUCUCAAGGACCAAGCAAAGACUCAAUAGAAGUCUACAAAAAUUCCCUAUAGCAGAUGAGUAGGAGACUGUUGGAGGUUAAAUUCUGCUGCUGCACUGAAGAUACUCGUAUUGGAAGCAGCUUCUUCUUACUAUACGGACAUUCCAAUGUGAACCCUAUUUUAUUCCCCCUUUUGAAUUUUUGUUUGGUUGUUUGUACAAAAGACCUCUUUACCUCAGGACUGCAUAAUCCCAGACACGAAGCUGCUCACUGUAGCCAUGAGUGGCUGAGCAAGCCUUGAAACCCUGAUGAGGUUGUAUCGAUUAGCUGUCUCUCUUUAACGUUGACUUAUUGCGUAGUGCUUUAGUUUCGUCUGCCUCGAAGAGAAUGUAGCAUUUGACUAUUUCUAAACAGGUACCAAUCUAAACUAUGCUUUCCAACUCUCACAGUGUGCCUGAACUAUUUUGUGACUUGCUCACAUGCAAAAGAAUGUCAGUCAUUAUUAAUACCGUACAUUUUGUGUGUGUGUGUGUGUGUGUGUGUGUGUGUGUGUGUGUGUGUGUGUGUGUGUGUGAGCUAAAUGUUUUUAUGCUCUUUUAUAAAAGUUCAGAAUAAUUGCUUUGUUUGCAUGGAGCUGUUCUCGGGGAUUCACUUUGGUGGACACUUUGGGUAUUCCUCUGGACCCUGGAGGCCUGUGAUGAGAGCACCUUGACCUUUUUUGACGUUUCCCAGGCAUCCUUGGUCAAUGCCCAAAUAAAUUGUUACGUUUUGCGCCAAAAUGUUUCCCCUCCCCAGCAGGAGAAAAAGGUCUUUCUUCCAGUUGAUGAUCUCUCAAGUAUUCAACAGUUUGUCGAGGACAUUUUACCGCUCUUAAUUGGAACAUAUUGAUUUCCUUCAUCUUUCCAUGCAGCACCGUGUCUGGAGCAGGAGCGUGCUAAAGCUCCUCCACAUUUAAAGGAGGAUUCAUGUAGCUGUCUAUGCACUUUGCCCUCUGCGUGUACAGCAGAGUUUGAAAUAGCCAUAAUGAAGACUCAGUGAUUCUUCUGUUCCCACACCAGCGAGAUGCGGCCUUUGUCGACCCAAUGGAGACAGAGGCAUUGCAGCCUUUUGUAUCUCCCAAAAAAAGGAGUCCCUUAUAGGGCCAUCCUACUGGAAUCCAAGGAAAUGUUUUAUCUUAACUUUCAGACUUUGUGUCUAGAUGCUCAUAUAGCUUUAAACAAUUUAGGAUAUCUCUUUCGGAUGUCUCUAUCUACGAAAACUUUGUAGAUAACCUUUGUAGGUUUUUCACACUGUGAAGGUGGCUGGGGUAGUAAUGUGAACAAUAAUUGUUUUCUAUUCAGUCUAAGACUUCAUGCAUUGUGUUUGCAUUAUGUUGCAGCAUUUUCCCUAACGAACAAUCUAACUGAAGCCAGCACUUGCUACAUGUAGCAUUUUAAAGAGGCUUUUUUUUCCCUUUUCAGUUAUUUUGUCCAUGAUUGUGGUUUGUUACAGCUGAACACCAACCCGAUAACAGUCCACAUGUGUCAUCUCAGCAUGCAUUUCAAUACUGCACUCUAGUUUCUGCAUAGCAAUGUCAUGAGCUAGCGAGAAAGUUGGCCAUCAUAGCGGUUUUAUUCCAGACUAAAAAUAGCCAAGAAAUAAUAAACACCAUCUUUUGCAUUAACAUUUAAAAUGUAUAUUAAAGGCUCAGCCAGGAAAGGUUUGUGAAAGAUAACAUUUAAAUGAGACUCUAUGGAGGACCAUAUGGUUGUCAUUGGAUGCAAUUAGGAUCCAGCAACAUGUCUCAGACCAUGCUGGAGUAGCAAAGUUAAACAACCAUCAGACAUCCUGCAGUAUUUCAUCUCCUCAGUUUUUUCAUUUCAAACGACAGCAGAUCAGGUUCACUCACCUCUGCUUAGCACAGAAGCGGAGAGCAAAAAAGAUUGAAACUGGAAUGAUUUAUAAUAAUAAUAAUAAUAAUAAUAAUACAGAUUAUUCUCAACUUGUUGAUUUGGUCAUUGUUCCUUUGUAAAAUGGGCGUAUAGUACUUUGUCUUUUGUACUUUCUUUUUUGAGAAAAUGGAGAGUAAAAUGUAUGUGUGUGUGUGUGUGAUAGAGUGUGUUAUUUUUUUUGCGAGAUAGUGGACAUUAAAAAAAGUAUAAAUGUAUCAUUUGAAGCAUAAAAAUAUAAAUAUUGUAUAGAUUCUCAUUAAUCUUUCUCAUGUAAUGCAACCACCUUUCUUCUCGAAAGGAGUCAAUGUUUGGUACAUGUUGUAAAUAAUGUUUGCGUAGCACUUCAACUGUUUGUUAAAAUGUCUGUUCAUUUCUGCGCAUAAACGUUCGUUUUCCUUGUUUAUUACACAUCCUGGAUUCGAACAUGCCUGCAUAACUUUGUACAUUUUUUUUUUUUUUUUAUAUAUGUUUGUGUUUGUUCAUUUGUUUGUCUAUGCAUAUGUACAGAUGUGAGAUCACAGCAGCUAUAUUACAGUAUGGAAAUAAAGCACUUGUUCAGUAA